AUGACGCUAAUAAAAUCUCAGCAAAUAAUUUCAAACAUACAAGAAUCAAAGACUGAUGAGUUUAACGCUGAUCAUUCAACAAAAUUAAUUCCAUUCGGACAAUAUCUAUUUCAAAGGAUCAUUACUGCAGGUACUAAAUCGAUUUUUGGUGUCCCUGGGGAUUUUAAUUUACCGCUUUUAGAAUAUCUAUAUGAACCAUCGCUCAUUAAACAGGGAUUAAGAUGGAUUGGUAAUUGUAAUGAAUUGAAUGCAGCUUAUUCUGCAGAUGGGUUUUCACGCUAUUCAAAUAAAAUUGGAUGUGUUAUUACAACAUAUGGGGUUGGUGAAUUGAGUGCUAUAAAUGGUAUUGCUGGUGCGUUUGCAGAAAAUGUUAAAAUUUUACAUAUCGUAGGUGUUGCCAGAAAAAAAGAUUCAAGACCUAAUACAUCUAAUUCAAGGAAAAAUUUACAUCAUUUAGUUCCUAGAUUAAAAGAUGCUAAUUUUAUAGGUCCUAACCAUAAAGUUUACUACGAAAUGGUUAAAGAUAAGGUUUCAUGUUCUACUGAAUGGUUAGAUGAUAUCAAUACUGCUUGUAACAAAGUCGAUAAAGUUAUUAAAGAUAUCUAUAGGUAUUCUAAACCAGGUUAUAUUUUUGUUCCUGUAGAUUUGGUGAAUCAGCUUGUCUCUGUUAAUAAUUUAGUUAAUGAACCUUCUAUUUCCAUGAAAGAUUGUCUUGAUAAACCAUCCGUUACUACUCUAAAUGAAAUUACCGAUAUAAUUUGUAAUUGGAUAUACCAGAGUAAGGCACCAGCCAUUAUUGGAGAUGUCCUUGUUGACAGAUAUGAGGCUAAUAAGGAACUAAAUUUGUUCAUUAAGAAAACACAAAUAUGGAAUUUUUCAACUGUUAAUGGAAAAUCAAUAAUCGAUGAACUUAACCCAUACUAUAUGGGUCUUUAUAACGGUGAUGAAGGCGCGCCAUCUGUGAUUGAAAGGUUUUUGCAGUGUGACCUUAUUCUAAAUUUUGGUAUUGAUGCUAAUGAAAUCAACCAUGGCCAUUACACUUUUAAAUACAAGAAAGACGCUAGAAUCAUUGAACUUCAUCCUGAAUAUAUUAGAUUUAUUGAAACUGAUACUAACACAGAAAAAAUAAUUAGAGGAAUAAAUUUUGUUUUUAUCUUAGAGGAAUUAAUUAAAGAAAUAAACCCAGUGUUUUUAAAUUUCCAAUAUGAUUCUAAAGUAAAAGCAUAUACCAGUCAAGAAGUCUAUCCAGAUAUAGAAAAUGUUGAUUCUGAAGAGCAGGAUAUUACUGUGGAUCGCUUAACAAAAGCUAUUUCAACUUUUUUUAAUCCAGGUGAUGUUGUAGUCUCUGAGACUGGCGCAAUCUACUUUGCCUUUCGAGAUCUUGUUUUCCCCAAUCAACUUAAAUAUAUUGCACAAGGGUUUUAUUUAUCGAUUGGGACAGCUCUUCCGGCUGCAUUUGGUGUUGGAAUUGCAAUGCAAGAUUAUCCACGGUGCCAUAUCACAGACGACACAGUUCCAACAGAUUAUGUACCAAGAUUAAUUCUGUUUGAAGGUGACGGUUCUGCACAAAUGACUGUACAAGAAAUGACGUCAAUGUUGAGAUAUCAAGUACCUGUUGAAUUAUUUAUUUGGAAUAAUAACGGUUAUACUGUAGAACGCGCAAUUUGUGGCCCUACAAGAUCAUAUAAUGACAUUAUGUCUUGGAAUUGGACAAAAUUAUUUGAAGCGUUUGGUGAUACUAAUUGUCAAUAUACAGUAAGCACAUUGAUUGAAACAAGAUCUAAAUUAGCGUGGAAAAUGAAACAGUUGAAAAAUAAAAAAGAACGUGACAAUAUAGAAUUGAUGGAAGUUCAGCUUGGUGUAUUGGACUAUCCAAAGCAAUUGCAGAGCAUGGUGACAGCUGCAAAGGUUAGACAGAAAUUGGAAACGAUGGAGGAUCAUCCUGCUGCUUGA